CUGCCGCCAAGGCGCCGCCGCAACCGCCAGGACACGAGCAAGGACCAAGAUGGCCGACGCUGUUCAAUAUGUGAUGGAAAAGAUGAUUCCUGAGCUGGAGGACCUCCAGCAACUGCAGAUCUUUACCAAGGAAGAAGUCCGGCAGAUUGUGCAAAAACGCCGCGACUUCGAGUACACGAUGAAGCGCACGCCGUUGCGCAAGGUGGAUUGUUUGCGCUAUAUUGAGUACGAGCUGAACUUGGACGCACUCCGCCGCCAGCGCAAGAAGCGUUUGGGCCUGCAAAAGCAAUCUUCGAGUGAUCACACGGGCAUGCAGCGGGUGCACAACAUCUUUGACCGGGCGUUGAUGAAGCAUCGUGGCGACGUCGACUUGUGGCUGCAACACAUUGCUUUUUGCAAGAAUACGGGCAGUUCCAAGCUCUUGUCCAAGCUCUUCACCAAUGCAUUGCAGCUGCACCCGCGCAACGAAACGCUGUGGAUUGAAGCGGCGAGCUGGGAAUUUUCGACCAACUUGAACGUCGACUCGGCGCGAGUGCUCAUGCAGCGAUCCAUUCGCAUGAACCCGCAUUCGAAAAAGCUCUGGCUCGAGUACUUUCGACUCGAAUUCCUCUACGUGCAAAAACUGCGCACGCGUCGAGAAGUCCUAGGCCUCGAUGCUGAUACAACCAAGCCGUUGGAGCUUUCGUUGGACAUUGCGCCAGUCAAAGGCGAAGGGGCGGCGCAGGUCGACGCGAUCGCGGAAAGCGCCAAGGAAUCGGCUGUCGACAAGUCCCGCCACGAGAUCCUGCAAGGCGCGAUUCCAAAGAUUGUGUACCGCAAUGCAUCACACGCUAUCCCGAACGACGCAGCCUUCCGUCUGCAGUUUGUCUCCAUCUCCAACCUCUUCCCCGCAACCUACGGCAGCCCCGUCGCCAAAGUCAUUUUGGAAUCGUCGCUUGCGGAUUUUCCCACCGACGCUGCGGUCUGGAGCGCGUACUGCGAACAAGCCAUGCAUGAAAGCGACACCGCCGACGUCGACGCCCGCCGCAAAGUGGCGUUAGAGCGUUUUCGUCAAGCCAUCAAAUCCAACGUCGACACAGAUGCGAUGCGCGGCGCUUUCAUGCGUUGGUGUAUUGCGGAAUUGGCCCGCACUCCCAGCUCGCCUUGGUUCGCCCAUGAAAUGUUCUCGACGAUCUCAACCUUGGGCCCUCAAACGCCAACGUUAUACCGUGCCUACAUCGAUUACACCCUGCGCGUGUCUGGGCUUCUCGACGCCCUCGCGGUCGCUGCCAAAGCAAACGCGGCCUUCCCGACCGAUGGUAUGCUGUGGCAGCUUCGAGCGCAGUUGGCCAUGCGACAAGCUGCCAUCCAGCAAACCCACGCACUGCCACCGUCGACAAAACGCCCCAAGAAACAAUUGCCGCAAUCGGCUUCCACACCUUCUGUGUACAAGUCGGCGCUGGCCGUCGUCGAGCAAGGCCUUCGUGAAGCCAUGACUGACACGGAUGGGCUGCACCAGCGCCACAUUCAGCUGCUCAUAAACAGCCACGCAAAGCUCAGCGCCGUCAAAUCUGCGUUCGAGCGCGCGGUGAAAGCCGCGACAGCGUGGACGCCGGCAUGGUCUGCACUGCGCAUGCAAUUUUUGCAGUGGACGUUGCGCACGCAAGGUGUGGAUGCUGCACGGACGCUGUACAAGACCUUCCUCGCCGGCCAAAUGCUACCUCGUCCGGAGACGCUGGCGCUGCUGCGGUGGUGUGUCCAGGUGGAAGCGGCCCAACCCGAUUCCCUGGUCGCGACUGCGGCUGUAAAAGGCCUCAUGGAGAAGCUCGUGGAUCUGUUUGGUCAAUCUUCCGAAGACAUCUGGGUCAACUACGUGCAGUACUACCGCGAACUGGGAUUGCACAAGGAAGCGAACGAAGUACAUUGGCGCGCCACGCGAGUGUUUCCGUCAUCGACGGCGCUUGCGACUCUGCAGGAGUUGAAUUAACUGGACAAUCUCACGACGAACGUGAUGUGUAUUUGCACGCAUUGGCGCAUUCGUCGCCGUCGUGGACACAGGAUGGAAGGCAAGACAAUGAUGAGCGUCGUAUAUAGGUAGAACGGUUGAAAGAGUAAGUAAGGGAGCGUGCUGCUUAUCUGGCCUCGAACUGGAUCAAGCGCUUCGUGCGGGCCUUGUACAUGAUGCGGUAGCCGCACGCACGGCAUCGAAUGGGGUCGCGGGCCGCAAGGUAAUUAACAAUACCGCAGUCGCCACAGAUGUAUUUGAUUUCAGGGUCCUUCAACAUCGCUGCUGACGACGUGUAGUCGCCGGCGGUGCCGCCUGGCGUCGGGGCGGGCGUCAUUCCUCCGUCCAUCGUGUGCGCUCGACGGGUGGGUGGUGGUGG